GGGGCGGUGCCUGCAGCCAGAAUCACCGCCCCGGCCGACAUGGGACCCUCCGGCUCCGCCAUUAUGGGCGGAGCUGGAGCCACCCCCUCUUCCCCAGCACCCCCGGUCCUUUAUUGUCCCUAUCCUCCAACCACAGGGGGCACGGUCACUUCGGCUGCGCUGCCCAGUUAUGGAGGAUUUCCCACUGUGAAAGGGAGGAAGCAGAAACUGGAGGAAUUUCCAGCUUCCGCCCCAUAUCAUCAGGGAACGAGCACUCUAAGAAAGAGCAAAUCAAUCCCGGCCUCCAACAGGAGGCAAAGGCGGGGUCUUCCCCCCUUUGACCCCUCGAGCGUGAAGGUCGAAACUCGAGACAGUGAUUUUACUGGCACAAGUACAGAAGCCUCUGAUGGCAAAUUAGAUAGUAGCACGGAGGAGGAAAAACCUCCUGUAGUAAAACCAAAAACAAAGGGGAGGAGAGUCCAUGAAGCCCUAGCAGAUCCCAGCCCAGUGUCUAGAAGAACGAGGACAAAGAAGGAAAAACCUGUGGUAGAGGCUCCUUUAAGACAGGCUAUGAGUAACCAAGGCCCAGUGUUAAUAAAGGUUCCUUUUUCUCUGGUUGAAUUGCAGCAGUGGAAAGCUUUUGUCGGAGCAUAUAGAGAUAACCCAGAUAAAGUGGCUAAUUAUGUGGAAAGAGCAAUUAGAACACAAAAUCCAGAUUGGUGUGAUUUAGAAGUGAUGAUGGAUACAUUACUUGACUCUACAGAGAAGGAAAUGGUUAAGCGAGCUGCUCAGUCUGGAAUUGAGCUACUAAUAACAGCUGGAGAACUCACAGGGGAACUUAAGGAUAUUUUCCCCCUAGAGGACCCGAAGUGGGACCCUAAUUUACCAGAGCAAAAGGAAGCAUUGAAACGCUAUCAUGACUGGGUGGUGUAUGGUUUCAGGCACGGGAUUCCAAAGGCAGUGAACUGGUCAAAGGUGUAUGAAGUAAAACAAGAUAGAAAUGAGUCCCCGACAGACUUUCUGAAUAGGCUAAAAGAGGUUAUACGAAAAUAUACAGACAUAGACACGGAGUCAGGUUUGGGGAAAAAGCAUUUGGUCUAUUUGUUCAUAGACCAGUCUGCGGAUGAUAUAAGGAAAAAGCGCAGAAGGUGGGGGACAAGAAAGAUAUUGGUGAAUUAUUGGAUAUAGCUUGGAGGGUGUAUCGCAAUAGAGAUCAGAAAGGCAGGGCAAGGGUGCUGAAGCUAGAGGAAGAUACCUGCCAUGUACUCCACAGAAGGCUGCAAACAUAAUGCCUACCACAAGUAUUGUAAAUACAAUCACCAACAUGAUAGGGCAAACGAUCGAUGUUUUUUCUGUAAAAAGAAGGGACAUUGGAAAAGGGAUCGUCCAGACUUGAAAAGAAGUGGAAAUCCAGUCCCUCAACUGGCUGUGAACCAGGAUGCAUGAAGGGGACCAGAGGAUUUUUCCCCAGCAGAACCUCUGGUUAUAGCUAAGUUGGGGGAAGAAGAAGUUGAAUUCUUGGUUGAUACAGGCGCAGCAUAUUCUAUGUUAAAUACCUUAGAAGGGAAAUUGAGUCGUGAUACUAUAACUGUGGUUGGUGCUACAGGGGUAAGUGAAACCAGGCCUUUCUUUAAACCUUUGAGAUUUAAAUUAGGUAAACACUGGGUAACUCAUCAAUUCCUCUAUAUGCCAAACUCUCCCAAGCCUUUAUUGGGUAGAGACUUAUUGGAGAAAUUGGAAGCUGAAAUUUAAUUCUGCAAGGGGGGGAAAUAAAAGUCAUAAUUCCUAACACUAAAUAUAUUGAGGCAGCUACCUUCUUCAUACAAGAGAACCACGGAGAGAUCCCCACAGAGAUUGAGAAUGCUGUCAUCCCUAUAGUAUGGGCUAGUGAGUGUCCUGGGAGAUCCAAACAAGCAGAGCCUGUAAGCAUCACACUCAAACCAGGAGCAACAUCGAAACCACAGAU